AUGCCUUCCUAAUUGAGCUCGCUCUCUCUGUAAUUAUGAUCAUGAUUAUCUUCGUUUUUCUGGUCAACCGUAUUCCUGUCAUCAGGAGCGUCAUAGCGGCAUAUUUUCGGUGCCUCGACGGUCCCGCAUCACCAGCGGCAAGUUUUCGGGUCGUCAAAUGCUCCUCGUAUGUAGGGCAAAAACCUAAAAUUGAAACAUCUAACAUCAUGCGACAAGUCUGGAACUAGUGACUAAGGGAAGGUACUACGAACAAUACGUUAUUUAUUGAUCAUGCAUCUGCUGGCAAGGUUUGACGGCGGAGAACUCGGAAAACCUACUUAUAGCUCAGGAUAAAGAAUGGUCAGAUACUAUUCUACAUUUACAGAUCUUCACCCUUCAAAUAUUCCUGCACUACCUCUACACAUCUCCACCCAACAUAAUAGUUAUAACCACAUCGAGGCUUCGGAGCCGUCUGGAAGAAAACUGAGGAACGUAAUGGCGCGAGCUUUGGGCAGUAAAAAGCAAUCAACAUACAGUGCCGAGGCUGAAGUUGCAUUAAUUGCACGUAUAUCGCCUACAAACCUUCAGUCGGAGUGCAAUACUCUGGUCGAUUUUGAUAUGAGUCAAGACGAUGAAGACGACACAAUCACUCUAUGGGGGGGGAAUGAUUAUCUGUCAAGCAGGGCACCAUUGGAAGGUGGUCGUAGUGCAACUAAUAGUCGACCCUCUCAGGCAUUACGGACCCGAAAGGACAAAGGGCCCAGAAUAAUGGUUGACCGGAGCCAAAUGCUGGAUCCGGAAGAUAGAACCUGGGAUGCCCCUCGAUACAAGCUCAGCUCAAAGCUCGGUUUCUCGUUCAGGAAAAAUUCCCAGCCAACCAACAGCGCUAAUAAUAGUCAGCGAAGAGCCCGUUUCCCCGAGGCUGAAGUUUUGGACCCCGACGAUUCGAGCUGGAUGUGAAUAGCUUAGCAGGAAGAAGCAAAGUCAGCCACCCCACUUCUGUGUACAUAUUUUAUUUCGUCAUUUAAGUGCCAGAGAAAAUAUUU